GUCUCCUCUCCUUCCGUUCAUCAGUGAGAAGAAAAAAACAACUCGCGGCUAUUGAAGAUUCGCUGACCCCUUCUGCUCUGCUCUGCUCUGCUCUACAAUCGCGACGAAGAACAUCCCUCCUUGAUUUGACAGCGUUGUGGCUUUGUCCUGUUUUCUCUUCAGGACCUCGCCGUUUCCAUAAAACCUCGCCGGUCCACUUGCUCCGUCUGCAACCGCGAGAGCGAAUAUCCGUCCACCAUCGGCGAACUAUCGAAUUGCUGCUGCUUCCUAGUCCUCCGCGUGCUGCGACAUUCCUUAUCCCAAUUGCCUGGCAAUGGCGGGAGGCAAGAUUAAGAGGGAGAAGGCGAAGCCAGCUGGGGCACCGUACCAGGGAGGCAUCUCCUUCCACAAGUCCAAGGGCCAGCACAUUCUCAAGAACCCUCUCCUCGUUGACACCAUCGUCCAGAAGUCCGGCAUCAAGAGCACCGACGUCAUCCUCGAGAUUGGUCCUGGUACCGGAAACCUCACCAAGAAGCUCCUCGACGCCGGGAAGUCCGUUAUCGCCAUCGAAUUGGACCCUCGCAUGGUUCUCGAGCUCCAGCGCCGGUUUCAGGGUACUCCUUACUCGAACCGAUUGAGGGUUAUUCAAGGUGAUGUGCUGAAAACUGAUCUCCCCUACUUUGACAUAUGUGUUGCGAACAUCCCUUACCAAAUCUCCUCCCCUUUGACCUUCAAGUUACUGAACCACCAACCAGCCUUCCGGUGUGUGGUUAUCAUGUUCCAAAGGGAGUUUGCGAUGCGGCUGGUUGCUCAGCCCGGGGACAAUCUCUAUUGUCGCCUCUCUGCAAACACACAGCUCCGUGCUCGAGUUUUCCACCUUCUCAAGGUCGGGAAGAACAACUUCCGACCCCCACCGAAGGUGGAUUCCUCUGUGGUUAGAAUUGAGCCCAGGAAGCCUGCUCCCGACUCUAAUCUCGUUAGAGAGUUUGAUGGGUUGAUGCGGAUUUGCUUCAACCGGAAGAACAAGACCCUGGGCUCACUCUUCAGGCAGAAGACCGUUCUUUCCAUGAUGGAGAAGAACUACAAGACCUUGCAGGCCCUGCAGCAGUCGCAAGGUGACAUGGCAGUCGGGAUGGUGGGUAAUUUGGAUUUUGGGGGCACGGAGGAGGAUCUGAAGAUGGAGGUUGAUGAUGGCGAUGACGAGAUGGAGUUGGAGGAUGGUGGUGAAGGAGGGGAGGGGUCUGAGUUCAAGGAGAAGGUGCUGAGCGUGUUGAAGGAGGGUGAUUUCGAGGAGAAGAGGUCGUCGAAGCUCACACAACAAGAGUUCUUGUACCUGCUUUCUCUGUUCAACAAGGCCGGGAUACACUUCUCUUGAUUCUGGAGGGGCGCCUUUCAAUAUUUUUCGGAGUUUCUUUAAUGUCUCACAGUUUUGUUGGCGUUCUUUUUCUUCCCCCUGGGUUUGCCAGCAUUUAUUUUUAGCUCAAUAGGUCAAGAAAAGAAAGUCUAAUAUAACUUACAUUAGCUCGGUUGCUCCCUCCGCCGCUCUUAGAUGAAGUCCGUCCCGUGCAGUUCAUUACAGUACAAUGCGAGAUAGUCGAAAUUUUUGGGGCACUAAAAUUAACCUUAUUUGUUCAAGCAUGGUUGAUGUAAUCUAUUUCAUUGUUUGACCUUUUUUUUUU